CAUUUCCCUCUUAAAAUGAAGGCUUAUUGGAAACUCCUUUUUCUCCUUGGUCUUUCAAUUUUGAAGGUUGAUUGUCAAAGGGCAGAAAAUCUGAAGUUUAAGGACACUGGCAUUAAAAAUCGAACAGUGACACCCGAAGAAAUGGCGAAGUACGAAAGCGACCCUUCUUACUGGCAGCCCAAAGUUGAUUAUAUCUACCGUAAAGCAAAGAAAGCCCAACCUUAUAGUGCCGGAAUAAGCUUUUUGAAGCCUUCAAAUUCAAACGCUGCAACUCAAAUAACCGGCGGGAUGAAGGCGAAACCAAAACAAUUUCCAUGGCAGAUUCUGCUGAUCGUGGACCAAAGUCGGUUGUGCGGAGGUACUCUUAUUUCCACUGAAUGGGUCCUUGCUGCAGCGCAUUGUAUCAACGGGGGUUUGAGCUUCUUUGUUGCCGCAGGAGGAAUUGAUCAAUUGAACGAUCGCGAGAAAGGCAAACAAACAUACGAGACAAAAAUUUCGAUCCUGCAUGAAAAUUUUGAUCCAGAAACUGCUCAUAACGAUAUUGGUCUGGUCAAAGUUAAAUUCUAUCUAAGUGCCGAUGUGAACGUAAUCCGCCUGCCACAAUUUUCAGACGGGGCUAAUAAAUUUGAAAACUUGGACAAUGUUUUACUCUCUGGCUAUGGACGAACCGCAGAUACUGGUGCCACCAGUAGGUAUUUGAUGUACGUUUACUUGCAAACGAUUACCAACAAUGUGUGCGCACGACUCUUUGCACCAGAGUAUGUGCCCAACUCAGUUCUUUGCACAGGACCCGACGCCACAAAAUCACCAUGUGUUGGCGAUAGCGGCAAUGCUUUGACCAUUUUGAUGCCAGAUAAAAAGUACACCUUGAUCGGAAUCGUGUCCACUGGUCCAGAGAACUGCGUCAACUUCAUCUCUACUUACACCAGAGUGACCAGCUUUUUGGGAUGGAUUUCCAGAAACACUGGAAUCAAAAUUUUAACGUGA